CUGAACAACACACCGCAACCGACUUUGACUGACUAUAUGACGACCAAAGGCUGUGGGUGCUAGAUAUGUUGCCUACUUUAAGAUCGGAACCAGAUCGCAUCCCAUUCUUGUGAACACCGUGCUUCCACUGUCAAAGGGACCAAGGUUUACCAGAUGCAAUCUUUAGUCCUCCCUCCUUCUUCCUUCAUCGCUACAGAGUUUGGACACCCCAGGUUUAAUCCGGGCCCGGAGCGGCUGCCGUUGAACUUGCCUCGGUCGACAAAUGCUCGACGAUACCCCCCUCGGGAUCUACCACUCCCUCGCUCUAUGUCCGGUUCGGUCCCAGCAGACGACCCGCUGGAGACUUCUGGAAACACCAGACGCCCCGGACACCCAGAGCUUCCGCAACCCGUCACCACCGUGACGGCGACCACCUCCAUCUCCGCCGGCCUGUCGGGACCGGUCCUGCCUCCAGGAUCUACUCAUGAGGCCGUGGCGCAACGCAUGAUCUCGGUGUCAGGGGACGACACACUGCGGCAACCCUUCGGUGUGGGGGACACCUUUCCGUCAUCGCGACUGCCGCCAUCGCUGGUGGGCCCAGGCAUACCACAAGCUGCGCCAACAGCUUAUGCACAGCCCUCAUUUAGGUCCUCACCUCCUGGGACAACGGCUCGCGCAUUGCCGCAAAAACCCACUCGACGCACCAAAGCUCACGUGGCAUCCGCGUGUGUCAACUGUAAGAAGAAGCACCUGGGCUGCGAUCCAGCGCGCCCUUGCCGGAGAUGCGUUCUCUCGGGGAAAGAAGCAACAUGUGUCGAUGUUACGCAUAAGAAACGAGGGCGACCACCCUUGAAGGCAGAAGAAGCAUCGCUGAGAACAUAUGCAGCACACAUAGACAAUAGAGCAGCAGCAGGGGAGCAGCACGGUCCUCAAUCGAGACGCAGCCUACAUAGAGCCACAUCCUCACGAGAAAUCCGCCCAAUGACGGAUCUGCAGAUGCCUGGGGGCCAGGCUGGCGCCAUGGCCAUGAGAGCUUCGGCUGGACAUCCCCAAAGAUGGGCCACGUCUGUCUACCCUCAGGCCAUAGAUCCUACUAUCACGAUGCAGAGAGGCCUUGGACAUCGGCGGUUUUCUUCCUCUGGCUCCGCGCAGUCUCUUGCAGCCGCUUCUCCACCCGGCUUUGUUCCGAUGCCUGUUGGAUAUAAUCCGGCUUUGGGGGCGGGUCGUAUGCCUAUGGGGGUGGGAAGACCGCUGUCGUCUUACACGCAUCAGGGAAUGAACCCGGCUACCACGCCACCCCAGUAUCAGCAACCAUACGUCCCCAUCUCACCAUAUCCAGAAAGUGCUCGGAUGCCCAAUCGGAUGUCGAUGGGGGAAUCUCCAAUGUCGCGAGACCCUCGCGAGGGCUAUCUGGAAUCUCCUGUGAGGCUCCCGCCUAUCUAUCCGCCCACGAUGGGAACACCGGCAUCGGCACCGCAGGGGCAUCGCCUGAGCGAUCCGUAUCCAGCAGUUUGGUCGCCGCGGACGCGAGAAGAGUUUCUUCAACAAGAGCACCGGCAGCAAAUGUCCCCUCACGGCUUAAUUGAUCCACUAUCGCCCAACAGUCAAAUGCGACACGCUGUGUCUGACUUUGGGUAUGGGGAACCAAUGCCUCGGCAAUCAGGGCCAACUGGCUCGACCGCAGAGAGGCAUACACUGCACAUGUCGCUUGUGCAUACCCAAGACGAGCCCUCGACGGCCGAGGCCGAUGCAGAGGGCAGUAGGCCAGCUAAGCGGCGCAAGAUGGCCUUGGACGACAUGGUGAACGACUGAAUAUUGUCCGUAUCACAUCCGCUCCCACCGAGUUCUCGGUCAAGGUCAGCACACACCAUUCUUUUCUGACCACUCAAGGGGCUAUAUCAUUCUCUUGAAGCAUUCAAGGCUUGUAGCGGGAUCUACAAAGAUAAUGAUCUUAAUGUGCACUUUCCUUUGUGUGUCCUAUGUGUGCUCGCCUACGAUCGUUGACCCGUCUCUCCACACUUACUCACCCCGUCUAUUUUCCUUUGUCUCACACACAAUACAAACCUCCGACUCCCUGGCACAAAAGUACAUGACCCGUCGAGCUACGUUGAAUUUCCUUUGUCAAAUAUUGUCACAUCGCAUGGAUACUGGUAUCGCCUUUUCCCUAUAUUCUUGGUCUGUUGUGUACUUGCUGCAUAGCGUGCUGCUGUCUUUCUUUAACCAUAUACCUUGGGUCUUUUUAAUGCUUUGGUCAUCGUCAUAGACGGCGUUGGGUGGAGUCCAAAUAUCAC